AUGUCGCGGGACGAUGAGGGACGCGGCUCUGCGAAGAUGGACGCGGAAGACUCUCUCUCUCCAGCCGUAGCGCGUUCUUCCAGCAGCCCCGAUGCAGACCACAACAAGAAGCCGCCGCGCAAGAGGAAGCGCAAGCCGCGACCGCCGCCAGCCCAGCCGGGCCUGCGCUGGCUCAACUCCACCGAUCCCAGCCAGUUCCGUGCCGCGAGCGUGCGCAAAGCCGUCCGCUCGCAUGUCAUGUACGACCACGCUGCCCGCAAGAAGAGCUCCAGCCAAGCCGACCACGACCACAUCGCCCUCGUGCACCUCUACAAGCACCCCGACGGAGCCCUCGUGCCCGCGAACCCCGCCCCACCCGCCCACGACGGCGGCAAUCGUCUGGCCAUCUCCCUGCUCGACCGGCUUGCCUCGCACCUGGACCCGCUCGGCCAACUGCCGGGUUUCGCCGCGCCCAAGCAGCAUGUUCGCGAGCUGCAGCAGUUCUGCGUCGAGUACUUUGCAUCAACCAUUUACCGCGUUGCACCAAUUGAGAACAGCAACAUCUUUCUGGCCGGCAUGUGCAUGGCAUCUGCGCGCCUCGACGUCCUCAGAGGCCUCUCCCGCGAGAGCGCCAUCACUGCUGCCGUGAAGCUGGAGGCGGUGCGCUUGCUCAACCAGAGCCUGAGCGACCCACGCAUUCAGCUCGACGAUGAGACCAUCAUGAUCCUAACCCGGCUCCUGCAUAGCGAGGUGAUCCAUGGAAACUUCGCCGUGCUGGAAGUCCACAAGAAAGGCCUGGAGAGAAUCGUCCAGCUAAGAGGAGGUUUCCAGCGCCUCUACCACGACUCCCCUGCAUCGCGCUGGCUGUGCAAUGCGGUAGUACAUGUGGUAUUCCAAGCCUGCAUCCACACAGAACAGCAGCCCGCGCAAAUCUUCCUGGAUUGGGUGCCUGCAACUUAUGACCUUAGCGUACCACCUGAGGAGCGGGAGCCGGAUAAACCAAUGUAUCUCCCAGAAAGGAUCUGGGCCUCCAUUGUCAAGGACUAUCGAUGCUCGAGAUACACGGCAGAACUGCUAGAAAAUCUUCGGGAGGCUGUUGAUAUAUUCCUUUCAUGUCACUGA